AUGCCAGGCGAAAUUCCUGAUACCGGCGUAAAGAAGUUUCUUCUCUUAGAUUUUCUUGAAUCCGAACCUAAAUUUGAAAAUGGUGAAUGUUGGAUAAAAAACGUAGUUCCUGAUGUGUUUACAAUCAAUGUCGAUAAAUAUUUAUAUUGGUUAUUAAAUCAAUUUACUUCUGCCGGUGGUAAAACUCAACGAAUUUACAUUAAUCAUAUAAAUGAAUUAAUGGAAAACAAUAAUGUAGAUGUCAUAGUGAAUUGCACUGGUAUUGGAGCUAAAACAUUAGGUGGGGUAGAUGAUCUAAAUGUAUUUCCUUCGAGAGUUUUUAUUAAACGAGAAAUUAAUCAUUUAUCUAUAAAUGCUCAAGGAGGUAAAGAAUUUACUUAUGUUAUUCCCAGAGAUAAUGGCAAUAUUAUGUUGGGUGCAUCUAUAGAAGUUAAUAACAUUGGGAAUAAUGCAUCCUUACAAAAUUUGAAAAUAAUAAGUCAUUAUGUUGGAUUAAGACCCUCAAGAAAAGGGGGUAUUAGAAUUGAAAUCGAAUCAAGGAAAAAUGAAAAAGGAAGAGAAAUUAUUAUUUUGCAUAACUAUGGUCAUGAUGCACAUGGUUAUUCUUUUAGUUGGGGAACAUGUCAAAAAGCAUUAGAAUUGCUUGAAUAA